AUGAUAAGCCAACCAUCGGCGGGCACGCAGGUUCCUGGCCCUCACCCACGCCCUCUGAAUCGCCCAGCUCUUCCCUCAAAACUCAGUAACGUCAACCUGAGUCGACAAGAUGACAUUGCCGACGUCGACGAGGCAAACCGCUCGGCGUACACGGCAAACGGCAUGCUCCAAUACGCCGCCCAGCCCGUCAACACCCCCGACGAGCCCACACAGCACAUUCCGCCUCGCCUUCUCUCCCACCGCACAACACAACUACCUCUACCCCGUCGCCCCCAAUCUCUGACCGCACAAGGUCAAUCUCGUACAAUCAUACCCAAGCCGACCCCCGCACCCGUCCUGGAUCCAUCAACAAGAGCCAACGGCCUACACCCACCCGCUGUCGCUACCAAGCUUCCUCGAGACAAGGCCGCCGAUUUCUUCCCAUGGACCAACAUCGAGGGCAAGCAUCCGGAAGAUGUGCUCAACGAGCACCUCAUAAAGUCUGGCUUUAGCGACAAGCCCGCCGGUGCUUCUCAGCAGGAAUCAAACAUGGCUCGCCCUCAUCUAUGGCCCAGUCUGAAGAACAAGAAUGGUUUGAGCGUAUUGUCCGCACUCUUCGUCCAAGUGCUGGACAAGAGAUCUCAAAUGCGUCUCUGCACCGCCCCCUCGACCUUCAAACCGCCACCCAGAGUCACCCUGACCGACACAAAGAGAGAAGCUUGGCUCAAGGACCUCGCCAACCCGGAAGUACCCCUACGAAAACUCAGCAGAACCAUCCCUCAUGGUAUCCGCGGCAAGGUUCUCCUCGAUCACUGCAUUUCCAAGGAUAUCCCCAUCGCCAGAGCUGUUUGGCUCUCCAAGUGCGUCGGAGCUAAUGAGAUUCGUGCCUUCAAGCGUAAGGGUGUCUCUGGUCCUGCUGCCUUGGCUGGUGAACUCAAGUGGAUCAGGGAAUGGACUGUCUUCGUCGAGCAAUUUGUUGAUGGUGUCAUCGCCAGCUGCGGCCAGCCGGGAUGGUCUCGAAAGAUGAAUUAUGCUGUUCGUCUCGGCACCCAAUUUUAUGUUGACCAUUUGCUUGAUGAGGAACACUAUAUGGAUUGGAUUCUUGCAUCACUCAAGCAAAGUUCUCCAGAACGACUACCCGUUUGGAUUCUGCUUAUACAAAUCUAUUGGAAACAUCUCAUCUCUCAUCGAAACAGGGGUCGCCGACUUGCUGAAGCUCUUCUUGGACACGCCAAAGCUCUUGCCGCCACACCCUAUGGCAUCAACCUACAGCUUACCACCCGCAUCAACCAACUCAUCAGUCUCUUAGCCGUCAACCAUAGGGGAUGUUUAGUCUUGCCAAAGUCUUGGAUUGAAUACAAGGCCACAUUUUCUGCUGUCAAGCCAACGGGCCGAGUCAAUGUCGAGGCCGAGAGCUUGAUCAAUGUUACAAGACGCAACAAUCGCUUGUCAGGGGCAUCCCCACAAGCCACCUCUCGUACCCCCAGACUUCGGUUACUAGACAUUUUGGACUCUGUCGGUUUGGAUGUCCAUGUCGACAAAAUCGCCGCUCGAUGCGAGCUUCUGGGACUCGACACACGGUCGAUGCUGGUUACGAUCCUGGAAUGGGCAGCCUCGAAGCACCGUUCCGGUAUCGCUCGCGUGUAUCUCGCUGCUCAAUUGAUUCGUUACUGGAGCUUUGCAGGCUUCAGUGCCGACGAUGCAGUGUUGACAAUGCUCGAGAAAGCUCGAAACGAUCGCAAUAUGGAGCCUCGCCUGAUCUACAAACUCGUCUCCGCUCUGGCGCGAUCUGGUCACUUUUCGGUUGGCAGAUAUCUUCAGUGGCUCAUCUCAACUGGCGUUUUGUCCGGCUCCAAUGCUGCUGCGAGUGAGGCUCAGCUCCUUCUCGAACUACCCACCGCCUACCUCUCUUCUCACAUUGUCAAUCUCAGACGUACGCUUCUGAACCGUGUUGGCUACAACGCCUAUGCAGAAACGCGUGAGAUUGAGAACUACAAGACCGUCCUGUCUCAACACCUCGGCGGUAUGUCCUUGCCUAGUCCUGGUGUAGCUUUUCAGGAGCCUAUCCUCACCUCCAAGCCUGUCGGUGCUGUCAAAAUGGCGGUCGCCCAGUGGCUCUGCGAGAGAGUGAUAUCGCAGAACUUCGAAUCUGUCAGCGACACCGUCUUCAAUGGAAACCUUGCUGCUUUCUGCUUAGUCCGUCAUACCCUGGAGCAGUUCGAAGAUUACCCGAGCUUAGCCAAGGUACUCGCCGCUGCAUCUAGCUGCAACAAUCCUCAAAUUUUGGCAGCAACGGCAGACACCGUCAACCUCAAUAUCGAGGUCUUUGCUACCAUGGGCUUCUUGCCGGCUCUGGUCUCCCAGAUCUACCAACAACAACGUCGCUUGCGAGCAAAACAACCUUUGGACCGUUCCUUCCUGCUCUCGCUCGCCGGACUCGUACGCCGUGUACCAGCGGGUGUAGCGUAUGGAAAGGUUCUUGACAGCGAGCUUGCAACGUGUGAGAUACAAAGCUCCACCGCUGCAUGCUCUCCAGCAUCUGACAGCAUGGCACUUUCGCAUUCCGGAAGUCUUGAAUCCAACGAAGACAUUGACCGAGUGCUCACUAGCGGUAACACCAUGGAUGAGCAACUCUUGGUACGCAUGUUCACUACCAUCGCUGACCGUAGUGUCAAGAUGGGACCUGAUGGCCUGUCUCGUGCCAGCACAUGGUUCAUGCAACUGAGAUCGUUCGACCAGACCAGCUUCGAGCAAUUGGUGCACAAGCUUGUGACCCGAAUGGCUGAAGCAGCAGCGCCUUACGAAGCCGUGGAAGGCGUCGUUGUUUCCCUUGUUGGGUCUAGCUGCCUGAAACUUGACACUUUCCACCAAAUCUGGGAGAAAAAGCUGAACGCAAUCAAAGCUACAGAGCCUGCCAAUGCUACUCGCAUUGCAACCAUCUGCGCUAAGAUCUUGAUACCGUCGACAUCGAUGGGGCUCAAUCAGUCAGCUGAAGCGUACAGAUUCAAAGUUGCACAGAACAUGUUUUGCCUUGACCAAAAGGCAAGCAUACUGCGUCUCAUCGGAUCACUACUGCAACUCAAUCCUCAGUCGAUCUUGUCGAAGAAUGGCAAUGAAACAGGGGACAAGGUCGUCUCAUGGCUCCGCCGAUACGUGGUCAUGGAUUCCAAACUGGUCUCGAAUGAACUCGUUUGCAAGGACAAUCCCAUGAUAUCUCAGAACACUGUGCAGCCUCUUCUCGACUCAUUACUUGACCCCGCACCCCAGGCAGAAAAGGCCAGCAUGUCAAUAAUCGACAAGGUGAACAAGAUUGUCCAGUCGACCACAGAGCUGUCUUUGCCGUUCAGCCAAAUAGCUCUGCAACAGCUUUCUUCAGCUCUGUCUGGCGGUAGUAGCCUAUCUGACAAUGAUAAGACCAGUCUGGUUCGCACUUUUCAAAGCGCAAUCGAACACACCUCUUCAUCCUGGCCGCAGCUAUUGGGUGCGCUUGACAAGGAUUUGAUCCACCACAUCCACUCUUGGGCCGGUGAGUGUGUCUUGGAGAAGCUGUCCUCGAUCAUCACUGCUGAUGGCUCCAUGGCUGAAGAAGCUGCUGUACGGCGAUACUUGAAAGCAGUCGAAUCAUCUGCACUUGCUGCAUCAUCUCAAUUCAUGCCGUCGACCGCAUUCUCCAUGCUUGUCGAGUAUCUUAAGCGACUGGGUCAAUUUGUAGAAGGCAUCAAUCCGCUCGAUCCUACACACUCAGACAGAAAAUUGCGCAUGGCAUUUGGUAUCAGCGUGUUGCUACAGCUCACUACCAUGCAGUUCCAUACACUUCACGAUGCAAAUGCUCUCGCACAAGAUCUCAUUCCAUUAAUGGGUGUUCUGUGUGCCCUGCUCAUUCAUCCGAAGUUACAGAGCCAGCAAACGAUCCUUGAGCAUAUUCUUGAUGUUGCUUCCAUGAUUUCAGAUGAUCUGUCUCACGAGCACUUGCACACGAUCCUACGCAAUCUGCCACCUCAAGCUCGAUGCAUACCUCGUCUACGUUAUUUGUUCGGCACUCAUACAUCCCCAGAUGCCUGGUUGUCACUCGCGUCAAAAGUGGUUCCUGCUUCUGCCGCUCAGCAGAAUCCGACGUCUACCCCGUUGCAGGUCUCCUCUUCGCCAGUAUCAGCCACGCAGUCGCCGUCGAUGCUGCAAAGACCGUGGCCCGUUCCAGCUCGCCCUGGCAUGCCAGCUCGUCCGCCUUCCACUGCCACUACUCCCGUCCUGUCGCAAGCACACUUGCAACAACAACAAGUCCAGCAACAGAGACUGUCCAUGGGGAUAGGCGCAAACAGGGGUCCUGUUGAGUUGAAGCAAACACCAUACAUGUUGAGACGUUGGGAGUUGAUGCCCGACCCAACGCCUAUCAUGGGUGCUAACGAUACCAGCCUGAGCCUCGGUCUAUUCCAGGCCAGAAAAUGUGUUUAA